GAGCAUGUUUUGUUUAAUCCGCGGGAGGAGACGUAACACAUUCUUCUGCUCAUUUAGUUGUUAUGACUGACGCUGGUUUCUUUAAGGGUACAAGUGCUGAGCAAGAUGCCAGAUUCGCAGAUAAAAAGAAAAAGUUGAUGAAAACUAUGAAAUUCGGCGAGAAUUUGGCUCAAAAGGCAUGAGCUCUAUUUGUUAUAUAUUUUCAGGUUGACAUGUCCAAAAUUAAUUUGGAGUCCAUAAGACCUUGGAUUGUCAAACGUAUAACGGAGCUUCUAAACUUUGAGGAUGAAGUCGUCUGUGACUACAUUUUCAACCAGCUAGAGGAGCGCCAUCCAGAUCCAAAGGAAAUCCAGAUUAAUAUAACGGGAUUUCUAAACAGCAAAAAUGCACGAGUGUUUCUCUCCGAACUUUGGGAUUUAUUGCUAUCAGCUAUGCAGACUUCAGAUGGCGUCCCAGCAGUUUUUCUGGAGGCUAAGAAAGAAGAGAUCGCAAAGCGUCAGGAGGAUGAAAAGCUUUUACAUGAAAUGCGACGGAAGGAAAAUGAGAUUGUUCAGAAAGGAGCUAGUCGAACAUCGAAUCUGAAUUCUGAACAAAUGGAUAAUCAGAAGCGCGUUUUGUCUACCAAAAGCAAUGGAAUGGCAGAAUCUGAGGAAUCGAAAACUUUCGCUAAUCGUAAUCGUUCUACUUCACGAACAUCAUCACCAACUGCUGCUCAACCAUCUACAAAUAAUACAGAAAGUUGUGAAAAGCCUGAUAAAAUAAACAGUCGUACUGCUCACCGAGAUGAUUCGAGUUCAUCACGUUCCCCUGAGGGACACCGUCGCCGUCGUCAUCAUCGCCAUUCUCCGGAAAGAUAUAUGGUUGAUGCAAAACGUCGUAGAUCACGUUCACGCUCUCAUCAUCGUCGUCGACGUUCUAAAUCUCGUUCCAAAUUGGAACAGAAACCGAAAUCACCGGCUACAGACUGGAGAAAAGAUUUGAUGGCUGGUAGACGUCGUAGUCCACCGGAAAUGCCAGAGAGUAGUUAUUAUGAAAAUGAAAAACGUUCCAAAGGUCAUAAACGUUCUAAAAAGCAUGACAAACAAAGACAUGACAAUAGUCAUUCACACAAAUCGCACAAAAGAUCUCCAUCUCAUAACACUGACCAUCAUCGAUCUCGUAAGCAUACGCAUGAUACAGGAUCUCGACAUCGUAGCAUGAUGGAAGUCAGUGAACGAGAACAAAGAUCAGGUUAUUUAGAACAGUCACGAAAGGAUAGUUAUGCUGAAAACUAUAGAAAAUAUGAAGGUCCUGACCUGCCUGGUCAUUAUGAUUAUCGUUCAAAUAGUAGAUACAGACACGAUGCUGAAUCAUCGCAUGGUCGUAACGCUGCAAGUCCGGAAUCAAGCCGCAUGCGCGAUAGAGAACCCGACUGGUCUCACAGAGAUCAUGGUCAUCGACAUAAUCAUCAGCUUGAUCAUACAAAACGACGGGAGACAUCAUCUGGACAUGGAAAUUUUUCCCUGGAUAGGCGUCAUUAUCACCGUCUACCAAGUCCUGAAGGACCAUUACUACCUCCAAAUAUUUCUAAAAGACCUUCGGAUUCCAGAAUCAACGAAGGUGUCACUAGUAAGCGUGCAAAACGUAAGGCAUCGGCUUCGUCGAGCAGCAGCUCAUCAAGCAGCAGCAGCAGUAGCAGCAGCUCUAGUAGUAGUAGUAGUAGCAGUAGUGGGAGCUCUUCUAGUAGCAGUGAUAGUGAAAGCGAGGGAAAUGAAGAGAAACCUAAAAUGCCAUCAGUUGAAACUAUCAAGCAAGAGCCCACUCAUGAAGGUCCUGCACUUCCUCCAGAGCCAGAAGUAUCUCAACCUGAAGGACCUGCUCUUCCGCCGGAAGUGGAACUCGCUGUGGAGUGGUCAGAAAACCCAGCCAAUUCCGGGUCUACAUCCCCAAGUUCAGCCAGUUCAGAAUCUAGUGGUGGUGAUGAACACAGUGAAGAAUCAAGUUCAAGUGAUAGUGACAGCGGCGACGGCGGCAGCAGCGGUGGCACUAGUAGUGGUACCAGUAGUAGCAGUAGCAGUGAAAGUGAUGCAGAAACUAACAAAAAACCUAAAAAAUCCAAACGAAAUGGUAAACAACCUAAAAGUCCUGAAAAUCAUAUCUGUCCUGAAGGUCCUGCUUUACCUCCUAUUCCUAGUUCUAAUUCACAUAAGAAAGUAGUCGAUCAUCAUGAAUCAGUAUCAGUUGAAGAAGUUUUACGUCGACGAGCUUUAGAAUCGCUGCUUCGAAGUUCACAAAAACAUCGUAGUUCUCCUUAGUAAUAAAUGAAGGAGAAUAAUCAUAAUCAUACAAAAAAAACGAUCGAUUUUUUGUUGAUUCAUGCAUCUAUUGUCAUGAUUAUUUUCCUCCUUUUUUUUCUUGUUAAAUUAUUAUAUUUUUACUUGAGACUUGUUGUUUAAAACAACAAACACACUAUUGUAAUUGUAAUCAACCAUACUAGGAGGUCAUUUACUUGAAUAUAAUUUGUCAAUGUGAUCAAUGAUGAUAUAUACAUAUACUUAUACGUACAUACAUAUACAUACAUACCUAUUCAUGAUGAUCAACCAAAAGCAUUGUCAACUUUCUUUUAACAGCAGCCUUUUUGUAUAAAAUAAAUACACGAAAAAUUGUUUGUUAUUUGUGUUAAUAUGAAAUUUGCAAAAUUGUAUUAUGACAAAUUUUUAUCAUUGUUCCAUGUCUAUCUACAUAACUGAAACAAAGUUGCCAAAAAAUAUAUAUAUAUAUAUA